AUGGUGCCAGAGCUACGCCGCUUGAGCGAGAGCAGCAAAUUAUACCAAGAUCAAAGCGAUUUAGAGGAGUCGAACCAAGGACGACGAUUCAACGAGUACUGUAGGCGGGGAGGGGCCAGAUUCAAACGUCGCUACCACGGAACCCGUCGAGCCUGUCUUAUCGGCGAGACGGGACAAGUCUUGGAGCCCUGUGACAACAGCGAGUGCGGAGUUUGUGGAAUCCUCAAGCAUUCUUUCAAAAUCCCGAGAGGGCGUGGGGGUUCAAUGUUUGGAAACGGGGUCUACUCGACGACUAUUUCGUCUAAGGCGGACAUGUUUGCUGAGAACCACCACAUCCACUCUACACUUCACGCUGUCUUCAUCUGCAGGGUCGUCACCAACAGACCUCAGUACCUCCGACACCCUGACAACUACCGGACCCGGCCAGACCCUGGAUUUGACAGUGUGGAGGCUGUUACUCUUCGAAACGGUGGAAACGUCGCAUAUCCGGAAACGAUUGUUUAUCGUGAAGACGCCAUUGUUCCGUUCGCGGUGGUGAUGUACACCCGGCAAGGGUGGUUACCUUGA